GCUGAGCUGUGGGGAGCGGAGCGCAAGAACGGGGUCGGGCCUAGAAAGAGAAACUUCAUGUGGUGCUAAAGUGGGUCCUCCUGAGCAAAGGCAGAAGCCAGGGAGGAGGUCCUGAAGUGGAGUGGAGCGGCCUUCUGCCACCACUGCCCCAAGAUGGCGGCGCAACUCGUUGCAAUGGAGAAGACCAUUGAGGCCUCCGAGCUGCUGGAGAUGGUGGUUGAGACAGAAGCAGAAGCCGGGGCCAGGGGGCUGAGGGUGGCUGGUGGAGGGAAGCAAGGCCUUUUUGUGAAGGAUGUGCUGAAGGACUCCCCGGCGGCUCGAGUGCUGAGCCUUCAGGAAGGGGAUCAGCUCCUGAGUGCCAGAGUUUUCUUUGACAACAUAAAGUAUGAAGACGCCUUGCAGAUCCUCAAGUGCGCUGAACCCUACAAAAUCUCCUUCUGCCUGAAGCGGGUGGUUCCCAGUGCAGAUGUCUCCCGCAAACCUGGAACCAGUACCUUUGAAGUGAGAGGCCCCAAAGCCAAGAUGGCCAAGCUGAACAUCCAGAGUCUCUCCUCCCUGAAAAGGAGGAAGAAGAAGAAGAAGAGGGUGAUGGUGAAGAGCCUGCAGGAGACAGAGGCACAUGGCUCGGAGGACCUGGCAUCCGGGAAACUUGAGAUCACCCCGGUUGAUGUGGAGUUCUCCCUCCCCAAGUUCUCUAAACUGCGCAAGGCCAAGAGUGCUGGAGAGGUGGCAGUGGCUGAGCCAAGCCCAGACAUUUCUCUGAAGUUGUCCUCCCUGGAGACAAAGCGACACAAACUGAAGUUCCCCCGGCUGAAGGUCAAGGAAGCAGCGGCUGCAAGAAUGGAGGAAGCAGUGGCCCGCCUUGACAUGGGCCUGCCCAAAGUUGGCGUGGAGUUGAAAGAAGCAGGCAAAGGAGGAGUGGAGGGGAAGACAUUUCGAUUCACCAUCCCUUUUCCCAAAACAAAGAAGCCCAAGGAAGAAGCAGGGGCAAAAAUGGAAAUGGGAUUCCAAGCACCACAGGUAGAAUUAAGUCUCCCUCUGCCUAAAAUGGGGCCUGAUGAUGAGUCUCUUAAGGCCGGCACCAAAGGUGAAAGGAUCCCAGAAUCUCAGUUUGGUUUGGCCAAAGUGGAGGCUGCCCUGCCCAAAGUAAGUGCCAGUGCUCUGGAGAUCCACGAAGGUGUUCUCCAAGCUGGGCUGAAGCUCCCUACAGCAGAAGUGGUAGCUCCCAAAGUAGAUGUAGACUUGGCUCUGCCCAAAUUGGAGUGUGUUGCUCCAGAGGUUGCCCCUAAGAGGGAGGGGUUCAGAAUCAAAGUCCCCAAGUUUGGGAUCUCUGCUGAGGAAGCAGAACUGAAGCUACCCUUGAUGAAGGCUCCUGCCCUGGAGAUGGCCCUGGGAGAAAGUAGAGAAAAAGCUGAAGAUUUAGAGGACAAGCUGAAACCAGGAGUUUCAAUGCCUUCUCUGGAGGUGGUAGCUCCUGGAGUGGAUCUAGAGCUCCCCUUGCCCAAGGGGAAGACAGACAUGGAAAGCCCUGAAAUCUCAGUGAAAGUUCCCUCGGUCAGGCUACCCAAACUGGGCUCCAAAGCCCAAGAAGAAGGGGAAGGCAAACUGCCCCAGGUAGAAAUCAGCAUUGGGAAACUGGAAAGCCCCAAGGCAGACAAAAUGAAAGGCUCCAUAAUUCAGAUACCUAGUCUGGAGAUUUCCCUGAUGGAGCAGCAGUUGGAGAGUGAAGAGGUAGCCAGAGUGGCAGAUGAUAGUAAAGUGAAAUUCCCUGAGAUGAGGAUGCCCUCUCUUGGCAUCUCUGCCCCCAAAGUCCAGGAUAUUGCCUUUCCCAAGGCAAUGGGGGAUUUGGCUGCCCCUUGUGGAAGGGCAAAGCCCAAGGAGGCUGCAGAAGGGGCUGGAUUUAAGUUUCAGAUGCCCCAAAUAUCACUCCCCAAAUUUGAUCUCCCUGUCAAGGCAGCCCCUUCCCCACCUCCAGUCCAUGUCAAAAUGCUGAAGCCAGAAGGAGACGUUGGGGCAAAGGUCAACCUCCCAAAGGUGGAUUUUUCCUUGUCUGCAGUGAAGAUGCCAGGUGUGCAACUUCCUAAAGUACCAAAGCCAGAGCUGGACAUCUCCGUUGAGAAGCCAAAGGUUGAGGUGACUGUUCCUCCAGCUCGGCUGAGCUUUCCAUCUGCAACUGUGCCUGCACUAGAUAUUGAGUUGCCGAAAGUUGGGGUUGAGCUGGAUUUGGCGAAGGCUGAAAGAGAUACUUCCGAGCAGGUGCCCAAAGCCCAUGAGGUCACACUGGAGACUGUGGGCAAAGGGUUAGGGAUAGAAAUCAGCAUUCCAAAGUGUCAGAUGACCCAGCCUGAGUUGGAGCCAAGGAUGAGGGCCAUUGAAGGGCCAACCGUCACUGAGGUGGUAGCCAGAAUCCCUAAAGUGGACCUUGCUUUUGAGAAACAGCCAGCAGACACUGAAGGGGCAGAGCCUGAUCUAGAGAUGAAGGGGAAACUGUGGCCAAAGACUGACCUAGAAGUGGGAGGCUUUGCUCCAGGGGCCAAAAUGAAGCUGCCAACUGUAGAGAUCCCAGCAGUAAGUCUCCCCGAGAUGACUGUUGAGAGUCAGGCCAAGCUGAAGUCAUCUCGAUUUUCUCUCUCCAAAUUCGGCAUUUCUGGGCCCAAAGUCUGGAGCAAAACAAGCCCAGAAGUUUCGGUGUCUGAAGUGGAGGGUGCAGAAGCUGCUGACCUGGGUUCAAGACUGAAAUUUCCAAAGUUUGGGAUCUCUUUCCCAAGAUCAAAACGGGGAGCAGAGGUAGAAGAUGCCAAAUUAGCCCUUGAGGCUGAAGGGCAAGUACCCAAGGAAAGGCUUGACAAAACUACUGAGAGCAGAAUGAAGUUGCCCAUGGUGGAUGUGGAUAUUGGCCAUCCACAAGGCAAGGAAGAAUGGUCUGGCAUGGAUGGGGAGGGAGCCCCUCUUGAGCUCCCAGGUGUCAAGUUUAAAGGGCCAAAAUUCUCUCUGCCCAGGUUCGGGGGCAAAGGCAAGGAGGAAGAGUGGGGUUCCCUAGAGAGUGGGGAGGGAAAGCUGCAAGGUGGCAAGGAGGGUUUAGCGGGGCGGGCAGAGCCCCAGACGCUGGAGAAGAGUGCCAAGGCUUCCAAGUUCCGGGUAGCUUCUCUUGGCCUGAUGAGAAGAGAGGUGGAGGGCAAAGCCAAGAAAGUCUCUGGAAGCCCAAAGGAGGAGCCAAGAAGUAAGCUUGGGAAGAUGCCCAAACUGAAGCAUUCCUCCCUAAAGGCAGAAGAGGGUAAAGGGAAGUUCCACCUUCCGGCUCCACAGCUGGACGUGAAAGUCCUCCCCCAGGCAGAGCUCCCAAAGCCUGGCGCCAGAGCCGAAACAGGGCUGAUCUCAGAGCUGGAGAGCCCCAGCUUCAGGGUUCAGCUGCCAUCAGUGGAGAUUGCUGUGCCGAGUCCCAAAACUGAAGGGGAGGUGACUCUGGAGAAGCUGGCAGUAGAUGUAUCCAGGGCGGAGACCCAGUGCCACGAGGGAGAGCUUAAGAUCCUCAGGGUGCCUUCUGUUGAUGUGUCUGCUCCCACGCUAGAGCUGGAUAUUGGUUUGCCCAUGGCUGGUAAAGAGGAGGGCAUCCUACUGGCAGCCCCGAGCACAGAUGCCAAGAUCAAGCUGCCAAAGGCGGAGCUGGCAAAGCUGGGGAAGGGUGAGGAUGGUGGGACAGAGGCAGCCAUGCAGCUGCUUGGGCACAGGCUUGGCUUUGGGAAAGAAGGAGAGAAAGACCUAGCAGGGGUGGCUGAAGCCUCCGCACUGGGCACCAAGAUACGGCUGCCCAAAGUGGACAUUUCCUUGCCCAAAGCCUGGAUGUCAGAUGUGGAACUGCCUCUGGGUAAGGUGGAGCUUGGCCUGGAAGGACCAGAAGCAAAGUUCAAUAAGUCUUCAGCAGGGCUGCCAAAAUUCAGCACCCCAAAAGUGAAACCACCUGAGCUAGAGCUGGAUGUGAGUCUGGAGGGAGGAAUGAUGCCCAAGGUCAAAGUAGGUGCUCCUUCAGUGAAGUGGCCCCAAUUUGGGACCCCUGGCUCAGAGGGAGAAGGGGAGGGUGAGGAGAAUUUGCCCAGGGUCCCCCAACUGGAGCUGAAAGCUCCCAAACUCAGAGGAAGCACCGAGGCCUUGAGCUCCGAAACUGGGGCAAAAGAAGGCAAAUACAAGAUGCCCGCUUUACCUCUUGGCCUUGGCAAGUUGGAAACGGAAGCUGGGAUGGGAACCGAUGAGAGCAAAUUCAAGCUGAAGCUCCCAUCCCUGAGCAUCUCCAAACCAGAUGUUGAGUUAAGCAUAGAUACCCAGCCCCUCUGCCCCCCUGCCGAGGAGCCAGAACUUACCUUCAAAAUACCCCAGGUUGCUUUGCCUGAGAUCAGAUUCUCUGCGGAGCAGGAGGAGGAAAAAGAGGCCAGGGUGGAAGCAGGGAAAGUGGCAGGCAUGGCAGAUCUGGAGGUGGAUGUGGGAGGGCUGGAGGGCAUGCUGAAGAUGCCCAAAAUUGGUAUGCCAGCAUUUGGGGCAAUAGGCACCAAGGGGGGCACGGAGACCACUACUCAAAGUCAGAGGGGUGCAGGUGGGGGAGGUCUGGAAGGGAAUAAAUCUGUUUUUAAGGUCCCUGGCUUGGAAAUUUCCACACCAAGUCUCAAAACUCAUGCUGAAUAUGAAGUGGAGGGGGCCCAUAUCCGGCAGAGAGGCCCCUUAGAUCUGGAAGGUCCUGGCAGGGAUGGCUGGAAGAGGACAGAAGAUCACUCUAACGCAGAAGCAGGGAAGCGAUACAAGGUGAAAAUUCCCAAGUUUGGCCUCUUCCUGCCCAAGGCAGGGCUGGAGGCUCCAGAGGGCCUUGCAGGGGAGGAGGCAGAAGCCAAGAGGGGCCUCCUGGCCUUGGGGAGGCCCAAGGAGAAGGGCACGGAGGGUUCUUCGGAGCUCCUCAAGAGAGAAGAGGAGAGCGAGGCCAAGCGUGCGAGGGCCAAACUCAAGCCGAAGCCGACCUUCGGGCUCUCCCUCUCCAAGCCAAAACUGGGAGCUGAACUCAACGGUGAAGUAGAGGAGGUUUCCUCCAAGCUGAAGGUGCCCAAGCUGGGCUUUUCCAAGGCGGAGGUGGCCACCCAGCUCAACGGAGAGAGGGUGGAAGUGCUGCUCCAGGAGGGGGCAAGCAAGCUGGGUAAAAUCCGGCUGCCCCAGGUGGAACUCUUGUCUCCUUCCAAGGUGGCAGAGACUGACCCAGAGCUGAACCUCAAGCUGGUGAAGGCAGACGAGGCCAAGGAGGAAGCCCACCGUGGCUCCACCAUUUCCACAGCCCUCAAGGCUGCCAAGUUCAAGUCCCCUAGAAUCACGCUGUCCGGCUUCAAGAAGCGAAAUGGGGAGUUGGCCCCCGAGGCCACACUUGCUCCCCUGCCCCACAUGGAGACGGGGUCUUUGGGAACCCCCACCAAAGGGGAGUCGUCCACCAAGUUCAGAUUUCCCAAACUGGCAUUAAGCUCCAGAUCCCAAGGGGUGCUGGAGAUCUCUGAGCACCAGCAGGACCAGGGGGGGCUGAACUUCAGGCUACCUGCUGUGGCUUUCUCUGCAGAGAGCAGCCCUCAUGAGGUAGCAGAGGACCCCAGGAGGCCUGGGGAGAAGGAAGCAGCCGCAGCCGCUGCUGCUCUCUGAAAAAGCUUGCUCCCUGGCCUGGCUCAUGCUGUGCAAUGUCCAGCACUAACCGUGAGGGGGCAGGCCUUGGCAGCGUGAGGGGCGGCUGGCUGGCACAGGUCUUGGGACGCCUCUCUGAUGGGGGCUUCCUGUUUUAACUGCCCCUUCACCAUGGCCCUUCACUGGAGGUCUCGUUCUCUCACGGCAGAUCAGUGGGGAGAGAGCCCUGGCCGUGCCUUAAGACAGGAAGCCUCUUCAUUCCGUCCCAGUCCCCCAAGGGAUGCAGAUCUGGCAAGCCCCUGUUGGGCACUGCCUGCCUCCCACUCUGUAUCUCGGGGCACGGCAUUCCAUUUGGGAUAGGGCACGCCAAAAGGAGUUAACUCCCUCUUUCCAUUAGAAGACAGGCCGACGCCACCACCUGCAGCUCCUUUUGUAACACUAAAUUUAGAAUUGGGGGGGGGGGGGGGAGGAAGACUUCUGGUGGAUGGUGUUCAGCGAGGAAGCAGCUGUGGUUGCUCCAGGGGAUCCUUUCUGAACCUCCUUUGCAAAAGGGGGCUUUAGGUCAGGCGAUCAGCCGCGCAUGCUGGUUUGUCGCAGGGAACAUCUCCGAGGUUGGAAAGCUUAAGCAGUAGCGCUAGGUGCCACGAACAAGGGGCAUGCCCCCUUCUGGAACAGCCCUCUUCCCCCCUGUGCUGGGCUGGGGCGGUCAUAAAGCUAAGGGCACACUGGGCCUGUGGGGACCAAAGGGCUGGCAAGGGGAGGGGGGCUCCGCUGCCUUAGCUCGGGACUCCGCCCCCCCCGGUGGUCUUCCUCUCUUCUUGUCAAAAGGGAUAAUCCUGGGAAUGGCCCACCGGUGACUUCCUUUCAAAGGGAAGGGGGCACUUGCACUGGGAAGGGCACUGGCUGUGCAGUUUAGGCAGCAGCGGUGGGGGCUCUCCCCAUUCUUGGGUGAAGAUGGGGCAGAAAUUAUUCCAUGUGGCUCUGAAUGUACAGAAACCUUUUAGUCUAGCGUUUAACCAACAUGGCUUGCUGUAAUGGCCUUUUUAAAAAACUAAAACGUCUGAUAACUGCUUCUUUCCCAGAUUAUGUGCUGAGUUUUUCUAAAUAGAGAAUUCACACUAUCUCUGAUAGCUGCUUGUUUUUUACCCUGGGAUUGAAUAAAAAUUAAUCUGUGAACUACU